AUGGUGACUGCCCAUAUUCUGGGGUGGCCUACUACUGAGGGCUGGGCCCCCGUGGCCACUUUCCUGGCUAAACUGGCUCUGCCAGAAGCACGGCCUGAAAUAGAUGAUAGGGCGGUGGUUACCCCCCAGUAUCAGUGGGAUCCCAAGAAAUGGGGUGAAAAUAUUUGGAGUGGAUCCUCAGACUCUGAGAUUGAAUUGGAAUUUGAUCCGGACUUCAAAGACUGGGUGGUCACGGAAGCACAACCGCUCAUACAAAUGGUGGGGCAGCAGGAACAGACAGACGGGGGAGUGCAGAUUAUGUGUACUUACACUCUCAAAGAUUUAUGGGAGUUUUUAGAGAUCUACCACAAAAGAGUGGUGAAGACAUACUGGCACGGAAUUUGCGAGCUUGGGGCAUCUUUUCUUACAAAGAAGCUAAAUAUUGGUGGGAAAAGAGUAAACCUUGCAAUAUGGGAUACAGCUGGUCAAGAGAGGUUUCAUGCAUUGGGGCCGAUCUACUACAGGGAUUCCAACGGUGCUAUUCUAGUAUAUGAUAUUACAGAUGAAGACUCUUUUCAAAAGGUGAAAAACUGGGUUAAGGAAUUAAGAAAAAUGUUGGGAAAUGAAAUCUGUUUAUGUAUAGUAGGUAACAAAAUAGACUUGGAAAAAGAGAGACAUGUUUCAGUUCAAGAAGCAGAAACGUAUGCUGAAUCUGUUGGAGCAAAACAUUAUCACACUUCAGCUAAACAGAACAAAGGAAUUGAAGAACUGUUUCUUGACCUUUGUAAAAGAAUGAUAGAAACUGCUCAAGUGGAUGAAAGAGCAAGAGGCAAUGGUUCCAGUCAGCCAGGAACAGCAAGGCGAGGUGUACAGAUCAUUGAUGAUGAGCCACAAGUACAGAGCAGUGGAGGGUGCUGUUCUUCCGGAUAAUUAUAAAACUGUGCAUCACUGCCCUCUCAGUAUGAAGACUGCCAUAUUCCAAGUUGCGCAUUCUCUACCAAUGGAGUAAUAGAAUUAACAGGAUUUAAAAAUAAUCACAUGUAACACUGCAGAGACCUUAAGUGCUAAACUAGUGGCGUCUGUGACCAGAGAAUUGGCAUUUUCUACAGUGGUUAACAAAGCAAUUACCAAUGGCCUUUUUACAUAUUUUUCUUUAAUGAGGAAUAAUAUGCAUGUAGAAAAGACCUACUUAAAGGCUUCAUUUGUAUUCUUUUAAAUCAGAUCAUUAUUUAAUAACUUAUAUACAUUGUUGUUGGAAUGGUAUACGUUUUUGCAGCUCUUUGUAUUUUGUGGUAGAUUGAAUUGUAUCACUUCUAAAAUGCAACCUGAUUUUUUUUUUUUAAUUAGCAGAUAUCUGAAGUAAUAUUUUUGCGGGCCCUCUACAAGCCUAUAACUGUCAACUACUUUGAUAUAUUCUGUUCAUCCUGUAUGCCAAGCUGGUAAAAUACAUUGUAAAUUACAUAUUAAAUAUUUUAUCUGCUUUUACAAUUGCAGGUGCAGAACUAUGUACAUCAGUCUUGUCAGUGAUUGUGAAGUGAAUAAGUCAGUGAAAGCUGCAAGCUUUACAUGUGUACUGUUGAAUUGCUCAUUCUAUUCCCCCUACAUGAAAAGAGCUUUUUUUUUUUGGGACAUUAAUAGCUACAGCAUUUUUUCUAAGCCUUUUCUGGUAAGCAGCGGUAUUUGUAGUUACCCCCUUAGUGGGAAGGGAAUGCUUCCUUAGACUGCUGUUUAACAUUGAGGUGUCUGACUCCCAGCUAAAACAGUUGACGCAUGCAUAUAUCUUGCCUCUGCAGCUACUUUGGCCUCUCAGAAUAUCCCCAGAAGGUCAAAGCAACUUCAGCCCUUGCUAUCUGGUAUCCAGUAAACCAGAUGUGUGGGAAACUGUUAAGCUGCGUUAAUAUAUUUGUGUCCCAAGACAGCAUUAUGAACUCUUAAUGAGC